AAUUAUAAAUCAAAAUUCGCAAGUUGUGAUUCGUGCAAGUUUAAUAUUUUGAUUUUACGACAAAAACUUAAAAUAAAACGUUAAUAAUCAAUUAAAAAUAUGAGUGAAUUAGAGAAUGCGUACUGUAGGCUGUGCGCUGAACUGAAGUCUUCAACGAAACUCGUAAAUUUACUAAGCGAAGAUGCGAUACGGUACGAUAUAGUCACAAAAUUGAAAAGAAUAAACAUUAAUAUAGAAUUUAUUGAAGAUUCUUUGCCUAACACAGUCUGUUAUCAAUGUACAGCUUCCCUCGAUAAAGCAUUUGAGUUAAUAUUGGAAAUAGAAAAGGCGCAAGAGGUAUUAGAAGACAUUAUUUUGGUCAAAAACAUUAAGAAAGAAGAAUUUGUAUCAUCAGAUUUUGAUAACGAUCUAGACCAGUGCAUGUCCUACGACGUUGAUAUAAAACUUGAAGAUACUAACACGCGCGAUUCCAAAAAACCAAAUAAAUAUCACGAGAAAAAAAAGAAGAAAAGUAUAGGUAACGACUUAGACGGCAUACCUUUAUCCCAGUUAAAAUUAACAUGGCAGGAAUAUAGCUGGCAAUGUGCAUAUUGUGGGACCUUAUUUCCAACGAUAGACGAGUUAAAAACUCACUCGAUACAAUAUCACGAAUGCUGCAACCCUUACAGAUGUACUGACUGCAAUAUCCGUAAAUUAAAACUAGACAGUUUUAUUGCCCAUGUGAAAAGGCAUAGAAAAUACUUAAAAUUAUCAUGUUACAAGUGCCAUAAGAAGUUUUCUAAGAUAACGGAUGUAAAAUUACAUCAUAACCUUCACGUAGAUUCCAAUUUUUACUGUACAGGAUGCAAUCAAACUUUUAACACAUCAGGCGAGUUGACAGACCACAGUAAUGCCUACAAUAGAGAUUUAAAAAUUAGACAGUUACCACCAAUAGCUAAGGAAAAACUAGAAAGUUUAAACUGUCCGAUAUGUCAAAAACUAUUCAAAUAUAAAGGUACAUUAACGAAUCAUUUGUUAACACACACAGAAAGAAAACGGGAACAUACUUGUGAGAAAUGUGGUAAACGAUUCUUGAGUAAGCAGAAUCUAGCUGGCCAUAUGAUGUUACAUGAUGAUAUUAGGCCUUAUCCAUGCGAAAUAUGUAAGUUCAGAUUUAGAACACCGGCGCAAUUACGUAUGCAUGUUGGUAUUCACGAUGGAAUCAAGCCAUUUGAAUGUGACCAGUGUGGCCGUUGCUUCCGUUUGAGAAAGCAACUUGUCAACCAUAGUAUCGUGCACACAGAUGCUUUACCAUAUGUAUGUAGUUACUGCAAUAAAGCCUUUCGCUUUAAGAGCAUUCUAAAUCAACACAUCCGUCAACACACUGGUAUUAAACCGUAUUCGUGCCACUAUUGUGAAAGAAAUUUCACAAAUUGGCCAAAUUAUAACAAACAUAUGAAACGGAGGCAUGGUGUGGAUAUGGCAAAGAAGAAGCGGACACCUAAAGGUGUUUACCCAUUAGAUCCAGUAACGGGUGAAUUGGUUUUGUAUGAAGAAACAAAUAAAACUCACGAAUGGAAGAGUAAACUGUUGGAAGGAUCACGGAAACCUGGGCGUCCUAAAGUUCAUAACCACGAUAAAGCUAAUGUAAUUUCAGACCAAAAUGUACAGAUAAAUGAUAUUAAAACUUAACAAAAUUAUUAGGAAACUAGCUGAUGCCCGCGACUUCGCCUGCCUGGAUUUACGUUUUU